CACUCACUCCCUCCAGACCCCCUUUUUUGAGGGUCCACUUUUUCUUUCAUAAACACUCUCAACCACCACUUCUCUCUUUCCAUUGCGAUGUCCUUUCUUUCCAAUCGUCUAUACCUUCAUGAACAUUGAGUCCUCUUUGGGAAACAGACAUACACGGACGAUAAACGUUUAGUUGGAGCCGGAGUCUCUGUAGCUGCCAGUCAUGUAUCUUUUCCCUUUAUCCCUGUGUAAACCAAGUGGGCGGGGUCUCGGCUCUAGUCUCCGCCCCCGCUGCUACAUGGCCGACACCUGUCUAGUCUGGCUCCUGGGCCUGGCUCUCCGCCUCUCCCUGACCUCCUGCCAGAAGAUGAACUCCGCCAACAAGCCCCCCACGGUGACCACCAACUACGGCAAGUUGCGAGGGCUCAAAAAGGACCUGAACAACGAGAUCCUGGGGCCAGUGGAGCAGUACCUGGGCGUGCCCUAUGCCACCGCGCCCAUCGGAGACCGCCGCUUCCAGCUGCCCGAGGCGCCUGGCUCGUGGCAGGAGAUCCGCAACGCCACAGCGUUCGCCCCGGUGUGCCCGCAGAACGUGCACGGCGUGCUGCCAGAGAUCAUGUUGCCGGUGUGGUUCACAGACAACCUGGAUGUGGCGGCCGGCUACAUCCAGAACCAGAGCGAGGACUGCCUCUACCUCAACGUCUACGUGCCCACCGAGGACGGUCCGCUCACAAAAAAACACGAUGAGUCUACAAUGAACAGACCGAGAGAUGAAGACAUCCGUGACCGUAGGAAGAAGCCAGUGAUGCUGUUUAUCCACGGAGGCUCCUACAUGGAAGGAACCGGAAACAUGUUUGACGCCAGUGUCCUCGCCGCCUACGGCAACGUUAUCGUGGUCACUAUGAACUACCGCCUGGGCGUCCUCGGCUUCCUGAGUACAGGGGACCAGUCAGCCAAGGGAAACUAUGGUCUGUUGGAUCAGAUCCAGGCCCUGCGUUGGCUCAACGAGAACAUCGGCCAUUUUGGGGGCGACCCUGAGCGCAUCACCAUCUUCGGCUCCGGGGCGGGGGCGUCCUGCGUCAACCUGCUCAUCCUCUCGCACCACUCCGAGGGGUUGUUCCAGAGGGCCAUAGCCCAGAGUGGCUCAGCCAUCUCCAGCUGGUCGGUGAACUACCAGCCCCUGAAGUACACUAAGAUCCUGGCCCGGAAAGUGGGCUGCAGCCACUCAGAGACAGCAGAAUUAGUGGACUGCCUGAGGAAGAAGAACUUCAGGGAGCUGGUGGAUCAGGACAUCCAGCCGGCCCGUUACCACAUCGCCUUCGGACCCGUGGUGGACGGAGACGUGGUGCCGGACGACCCGGAGAUACUCAUGCAGCAGGGGGAGUUCCUGAACUAUGACAUCCUGAUAGGAGUGAACCAGGGAGAGGGGCUGAAGUUUGUAGACGACAGUGAAGACAACGAUGGGAUCUCAGCUGCAGCGUUCGACUACACCAUCUCUAACUUUGUGGACAAUCUCUACGGCUAUCCUGAGGGUAAGGACAUCCUAAGGGAGACCAUUAAGUCAUGUACACCGACUGUGGCCGACCGUGACAACGGAGACAUGAGGAGAAAAACCCUCCUCGCCUUGUUCACGGACCACCAGUGGGUGGCGCCGGCGGUGGCCACGGCCAAACUGCACGCCGAGUUCCAGUCUUCCCGUUUACUUCACACCUUCUCCACCACUGUCAGACGGAGACCGCGGCCGGAGUGGGCGGACGCGGCCCACGGGGAUGAGAUCCCCUACGUGUUCGGCGGUGCCCAUGAUCGAGCCACUGACCUCUUCCCCUGCAAUUUCUCUAAGAAUGAUGUCUUGCUCAGUGCUGUAGUCAUGACAUAUUGGACUAACUUCGCUAAGACGGGGGACCCCAAUCUGCCAGUUCCUCAGGACACCAAGUUCAUCCACACCAAGCCCAACCGCUUCGAGGAGGUCAUCUGGACCAAGUUCAACUCCAAGGACAAGCAGUACCUCCACAUCGGCCUGAAGCCCCGCGUCAGGGACAACUACCGAGCCAACAAGGUGGCCUUCUGGCUGGAGCUGGUCCCUCAUUUACACUCCCUCCAUGAAGUCCUGAACCCCACCACCACCAGGCUACCUCCAGGCAGCACUCGCCCCCCCGGGGGCCCCUGGAAGCCCAAACCCCGCACCACGGGCCACCCCUACCCCACCUUCCCCGACCCCGUGGAGCCCUACGGAUCAGAGCGGCCCAGACUGGACCUCUUCCCCGGUGACACGCGGGAUUAUUCCACAGAGCUGUCGGUGACCGUAGCAGUGGGGGCGUCGCUGCUCUUCCUCAACAUCCUGGCGUUUGCCGCGCUCUACUACAAGCGGGACAAGCGUCAGGAGAUGCGGCGCCACCGGCUGUCUCCGCAGCGCCACGGCGGGCCUGCCAACGACCUGGCGCACAGCCAGGAGGAAGAGAUCAUGUCCCUGCAGAUGAAGCACUCGGAGCACGACCCGCACCACGACAUGGAGCCCCUCCGGCCCCACGACAUCCUGCGGCCCUCCUGUCCGCCCGACUACACCCUGGCCCUGCGGAGGGCCCCGGACGACGUGCCCCUCAUGACCCCCAACACCAUCACCAUGAUCCCCAGCACCAUCACCGGCAUGCAGCCCCUCCACCCCUUCAACACCUACCCAAGCACCGGCCACAACAACACCCUGCCCCACCCCCACUCCACCACACGCGUAUAGUAGAGCUACAGCUCCCCCUGCGGGACCGGAGGACCAACUACACACUCUGGUUUACCUCUAUUGGCUCGCUAUGGAUAUCUCUCUCUCUCUCUUACUCUCUGUUUCUCCAACCGUCAGCCUGCUGCCCUGAUGCUGUGUCCUUCCUACAGCACAACCUUGCUGGGGUUAAGUGGAAGUGCAGCUGAACUGCAGGGGCAGCAGGUGUUAUUGAGGGUGUAUUGAGAUAUUUUAAGAGGGUCUCGUAUUCUCUGAUCCUGACAGCCCCCAAACCUGCCCACAGGAUGAUCCUCUGCCUCUUACUGUGCAUUUCAUUUUGUCGUUUUUUCAUCCCAUGUUUUCUCGGUUUCUGUGCUGUAAUAGGGUUGGGGACAGAGGAGGCUGGUGGGAGGAGCUAUAGGAGGACGGGGUCAUUGUAAUGGCUGGAAUGGAACAGAGUCAAAUAUGUGGUUUCCAUAUGCUUGAUGUGUUUGACACCGUUUCAUUUAUUCCAUUCCAGCCUUUACAAUGAGCCCGUCCUCCUAUAGCUCCUCCCACCAGCCUCCACUGGUUGGGGAUAGUUUUUUGGAGUGUGAGGUAACGCGUUUGGUUCCUUUUCCUUCUGAUAUAUUGGAAAACCUCUAUCUCUCUACUCAUCUCAUCUGCUUACUUGAGUCUCUUCUCUUUUCUACAUCCCUCUCUUUCCCUCCUCUGUAGUUCUAAAACAACCUUUUUUAUACAAGGCGUACAGUACAUACAGUUAGUAUAUAUCAUGAAAAUAUUGGUAUUCUGAUAUCGUCUUUCUACCAGCAUUCUUGGUGCCAAGUACUGUGUUGUUUUCCCAUAGGAGGGGAACUGAGAUAGAAUCAAGAGUGUUGAGCUGUAUCAAGAUAGCCUACUUACUGUGUGUUCAUGAAAAGUGCCAAACUGGCCUAUCUUGUGCUUUUUUCGUUAUCUUUUUUUCAACGUUUGUUUGUUUGAUUGAUUGUUGUUUUCGGUUCUUAUUUUUUGUGGAAAGAUUUUUAAAUAUAUAGAUAUAUAGACAUAUAUAUAUAUAUAUAGUUAUAUAUAAAUGUGUACAAAGAAGAAAAUAUCAAAAUGGUUUUCUCAGUGGGGAUCUAUGCAUGAAUUCUUUUUAAAAACGAUGAUGGGGAAAGGACACUGGAUAGUCAAUAUUCGCACACACAUCUCCUGUUUUAAACUAUUUCUAUCUCAAUUUCAUAUGCUUUUUCUUCAUAUUUUCUUUUCUGCAAGGAAAAAAAACUGGAGGCACGUCAUAAAACCACUGCAGCAGUGCUACUUUAAGUUUUGAACAUUAUCCUUUACAACAACGAAAAACCUGACUGGACCAAACAUGAAUAAAAACAAUUAUUAUACACAUUGAUUAUACAACACAUUGCUUAUGUUGAUCAUCUCCCACCCUUAUUGCUUACUGUCUACUAUUGCACUACAGACUGCAUGCUACCCCAAACAAAUCAACUACCCUAGUAAAUCAAUUCAAUCUUUAUUUAUACAACACAUUUCAUAAAAGUGAGUGCAAUCCAAAACAUUAAGAACACUAAACAGAAAAAAAACAAGACUACAUUUCAAUCACAUAAAGACCCCUUUCUCUGUCUCACAUCCUCCUCCUGCUCUGCUAUCAUCCAGCCAGGGCCCCUGAGGGCCCCUCUUACAUAAUGUGAGUUAUUGGUGCCACUGUAGCAGCUCUGUAUUUUUCUCGUAAUAACCAGGCCAUCCACUGAGCCUUGGGCCCCUGUCUCUCUGUGACUCAUUAUGGCAGGCAUAGAAGCCAUAGACUGCCACUGAAAUGGCAUCUUAUUCCCUAUAUAGUGCACUACUGUGGCCAGUCAGGCCAAAAGUAGUGCACUAUGUAGGGAAUAGGAUGCCAUUUUGGACACAAACCUGGAGGUAUUGGUGUCCAUUAUGCUCUGGCCAAAAAGGGAAUAGGGUGUAGGGAAUAGGGUGUCCUAGCGGUAUUGUUGCUGCAGGUAGGUAGACCUAUUGUUUAUUCAAGGUAAACCUGCCAUGGUUCUCAGAGGUCCUGGGUGGGAAGGUACAUACAGUCAAGUCUUGGGUCCUCAUAUAACACAACUUUUUCCUAAUUAUGUUACGACGAAGGAGAGAAAAGGAACAGUUCUCAAUCUCCCUCUUCCUUUCACACACUCUCCCCUUCUCUCCGCCCGUCUUCGCCUUCGAUUUCUGGUGCUGUUUGAUGAAUGCGCGCGUGAGCACAUGUCAGCUCAGCUUCACAGGGCCAGGGGUAACUAGAGGGCCGAGAGAAUGAUGGAGGAGGAUGGAAUGUGUGUGAGGAAAGAGACAGACAGACAUCUCAUAUCAGAGGCGCCUCCCCGUGGUGCGAAACCCCCGUAAUAACUGCUUACACACACACUCCUCCAUUCUUCCUCUCAGUCUAUUUUCCCCAUCCCGUUCUCCUUUCCUCCACCAGUAAACACCCGUCUGAUUCAAGACUGCUGUACAUGCAAUUUCAACCAACUAUCUUUGUGGAAAGUUGAGAGUAGAAAUCACCGACGUUUCAACUCGCAACUUCACUGUGCACCGUCGUUGAACCCUGCAUCUCCUGACCCUUCACCCCUGGCACAUGUCCCUGCUGACUCUGUUGCUCCCACGUCCCCUUAGCGCCACUGCUGUACAUUGAACUCUAAGCACACGGAGGAAAGACUGGUGGUCUAUCAGACAGGCCAGGGUCUGGGAUAACAGAGCUGGGAAGAGGACGGGGAGUACGAGGUCCUUAGACCAAGGGACAACAAAGUGAUCAGUUCUUUUUACUCGUUCCUUUUUUUGAACGGGGAGGUGCACGUAAAAGUCGAGGGAAAGCCUGUUGAUAACGCCUCCGUCCGUAAUGCUAUGACAUGGCCAGCAGAGGGGGCUGAUGGGUGAAUAGGAUUAAUCCAACUGAACUGAACUGUAGCGCUGUGUGUGAACCCACAGUGUGCUGUAGUAUCCUCGGUGAGAAACCGUUAGCGACAGUGUUGUCUCUGCUUGUGUUUAGCUUUAGACGUUUCCUUGGUUACUAUUUCACUACUGCUCGAAGGCGGGGGUGUGUGAGAGAACACAGAUUGGUGUUGUCAGAGACUCUGUGUUGGCCAACUGAGAGAGACGGUGCGUGGUGGGAAAAUACGGGAGGUGAGCCGCUGCACAAUAUACCGUAACAAGGACUAGACUGGGGUUGUGUAUGUGGAAUCAGAGGGAGUCGGACUUACAUGCUGGAACUUUUCUCUCAGCUACAGAGACGGACUUACUAUAAAAUGUGCUAUUGGACUAGAAUAUGAAACCUGUGAGAGAGCCCCAAAGCCUCCAAGUCAUCAUCACAGCCUUAAACAAAGGGGAAAGGGUGUGAGAUGUGACUGGGACAGUGGACAGACUAGGGCACCGACAUCUUAUUUCAGGUGUGGGAACGAUCAGAUACAUCUGUCCUAUCAAGUCUUUGUGCCAUUAGAUCCUAGUGAACUUUUUUAUCCUGUGAAUAAGAGGGCAACGGGAGGGUCGCAGAGGAAACUAGUACUACUACAAAUACAACACAAUAAAACUUCAACCAAUAGAAGAGUGACAGAUGCUAUUUCCUUUUUUUUCUCCUGUUCUUUUCCUUGUCUAUUUUAUACGCUUACACACUAGAGGGCGCCAUGGUGACACAAUCGCCAUAACAACCGACCUUUCCUCUGAACAUUCUGAAUGUGGAGGAAUACAGCGUUUUGCGACGGAGAGAGACGUAAAAAAAAAAAGAGGAGCAAAACUGUACAUUUUUAAGUGUAAGAACAAACAGUCAAAAAUCUUUGUAAAUAUUACGUUUCUUGUUUGUUUUUUCGAGUGAAUGAAUGAAACGACUUUGUGACAACAACCGAGACAACAGGUGCAAGUUGAAAAGGGGUCUUCAGCUAGUAUUGUAUGUUGACUGUACGCCAUUUAAAUGUCUUCGCUACUGAACUUUUUCGAAAGAUUCCGGAAAGUGCGAUUCUAAUUCUAUUAGCUCUUUCAGUGCAUGUAACUAACAAAGUUGUUCAGAAGUGGAUAGACAAUGGACAUGCAGAACAAAGUCGCCAAGUGUUGUCUACGUAGCAUCUUGACUACUCAACCUGUGUAAGCACGAAGCGAAAACCGUAGCAGGGAUACUGACCCAUUCUCAUUCUAUGCUGUUGGUUAUAGGGUCUCUCCCACAUUCAAAUGGGCCAUGCAUAUCUGCAGGCCUGUAUUAGCUGUGUACCACACCAGCCAGUCUGGAUGAUGAUACAGCACACCUUAAAGGUGGAAUCUGUAACUUACACCACCCAUGUGGCAACUACAAACAUGGCCAAGAAGCAAAAAAAUAUAUAAAAAUGAAUGCACCUUUAAAAACAUCUUUGUGGCUUUUGGAAUUUGUAUAUUCCCUCCCUGUUGACUCUCCUACCGUUGUGUAGCCCCGGAACCACAGGGAGACCGAGAAACGAUGGCUUUUUGUAACCUAAGUUGCCUCUGAUCUAGCCUGUUCCCAGAUCUGUUUGUGCCGUCUUGCCAACUCCUACGGUCAUUGUCGCGACUAGGAGUGGACACGACAGCACAAACAGAUCUGGGACCAGGCUACGUCUUAGCCUUAUCGGAAAUCACGUACUGUGGGUGGGACGGGACACAUGUCCCCCUGAAUACACUGUGUUACGUACAAUAUGUGUCCUGUUCAUGUAGGUUGUGCUAUCUGUACUACAGUGACCUCAUCAUAAGCUAUCGGUACCGCUAAGCUUGCCUUCCAGGUGGAAAGGUGCGGUGGGAAUUGAGCUGCUUCGUGGGCAGAUGGUUGAACUGCAUGACAAGGCAUGUACAUAGGUAUAGACCAGGAAGUGUGAGUGUGUACAUGUGAGAGUAUGUGUUAGGAUAGCUCAUUUAUGGUGUGUAAGCAUAGGUGUGUACUCCAUUUUGUUGUAGCAUUAGUUAGGACUAAUGCAGAGGGAGUAGAUAUCUAUAGUGUUAGUUUAAUAGGACUUUAGAACAAUUGACCCGACCCCCCAAAAAAUCCAUAUUGGAUUUUAAUGUAUUAUCUCCCGCACAAGAAGAAAGUCAUACUUUUUGGUGCAAAACCAAUUUUCUUAAGUGUUCAAUGAUUAACACCAUCCGUUGUUAUAUAGCAGCUAUCACUGUUUUAUAGAUUUGCCAGAGUGAUGCUCUGUUAAACACCUGUUCUGACCUAAAGAAGUAGACCGUAACGAUGUUUCAUGUAGGUGAAUUUCCCGCCUUGCUCGUGACUACAUGUCAUGGUUGACCUUCAAAACAGAGAAAGGUUCGUCUGUGUUAUGGUCUCGGUACCUGAGAGUCCAGUUGUACUGAAGCACAUGACAAAUAAGCCUGGGAAACAUUCUGAGCUGGGUGUCAGUUCGGCCUGCGUAGUCAAAUUUGCACCUGUUGUCUUGUCUUUACUUUUCUUUUGUUGAAUUCAGAAACCCAAGACUUGAGAUGAAGAAAACAUGUGAAUAAUGGAUUUUAAAAAACAUAUUAUAAUUUAAAAAAGUAAAGUAAAACUAUAUAAAUAAGGUGAUGAUAUUUGUUUACUUUAGAAGUUAUGAUACACUGUAUGCUGGGAUUCUGAUGUGGGGAACAUUAAAGACAUUCAUAACCAGA